AUGCUGAUAAGGAAAUCGGUGGCCGUGUGGCUCGCCGUCCUUCUCUUGUGCCAUCUUCGACUAACGGAGUCACAGGUCUCGGCCACGAACGUCUUCACCUGCCCGAACGGAUGGGAGCUGAGAGGCAUUCACUGUUACAAAUUCUUCAACAUCAGACAUUCAUGGGAAAAGGCUGUGGAACUAUGCAGAAGGUACGGCAGCGAGCUGAUGGUCGUCGAGUCCUACGCCGAGAACAACGUAUCGGCGAGCAUGAUCGGCCGCCACCUGGACCACUACUGGCUUGGUCUCGCCUCCCUCGACGACUUGAGAACCAACACCCUCGAGUCCGCGGCCGGCACUCUCGUUUCGCAAUACGCCGGUUUCUGGGCAUCGAGUCAGCCGAACCCACGAUUAGGUGAAUGCGUCGAUGUAAAAAUUACGGACGAUCAGCAUCAAUCAUGGGAGCUCACGACUUGCGAGUCUCUUCUUCCUUUCAUGUGCCGUGCCAAUGCUUGUCCAGCAGGCUCAUUCCAUUGCUCAAAUGGCAAGUGCAUCAACAACGCGUUCAAGUGCGAUAAGCAGGACGACUGUGGCGAUUUUUCGGACGAAAUCGAUUGUCCGCAGAAUUGCCAAUUUUAUAUGGCCAGCAGCGGUGACGUUGUUGAAAGCCCAAAUUACCCGCACAAAUACGCACCAUUAAGUAAUUGUAAAUGGACUCUCGAGGGUCCUCAGGGUCACAACAUACUUUUGCAGUUCCAAGAAUUCGAGACGGAAAAGAGCUUCGACAUCGUACAGAUCCUCGUGGGCGGCCGUACCGAGGAAAAGUCGGUUAAUUUGGCAACUUUAUCGGGCAAGCAAGAGUUGAGCAACAAACUCUUUGUCUCAGCGUCAAAUUUCAUGACGAUAAAAUUCAGCACCGAUGGCUCAGUCGAGCGCAAGGGUUUCCGUGCCUCUUGGAAGACAGAACCGCAAACGUGCGGUGGUGUCUUAAGGGCCACACCUCAGGGUCAGGUGCUGACGUCUCCGAGCUAUCCACAAAACUAUCCUGGUGGUCUGGAAUGUCUUUACAUAAUUCAAGCACAACCUGGAAGAAUACUAUCCCUCGAGAUCGAAGACAUAGAUCUCGAGAAGAAUCGUGACUAUAUAUUGAUAAGGGAUGGUGACUCGCCCAUGAGCAACUCAAUCGCUCGAUUAACGGGUGACUCGGAUGAUAAUCCUAAAGUCAUUAUGUCUACUGGAAGCAAUCUCUACUUGUAUUUCAAAACCAGUCUUGGUGAUUCAAAGCGUGGAUUCAGCAUUCGCUACACCCAGGGUUGCAAGGCUACCAUAGUGGCUCAAAAUGGCACUGUUCAGUCACCUUCUUAUGGACUCAACGACUAUCCGAAUAAUCAAGAAUGUCUAUACCGAGUGAAGAAUCCAAAAGGCGGUCCACUCUCCUUGAAAUUUACCAACUUUAACGUUCACAAGACUGAUUAUGCACAAGUUUACGAUGGCUCUAAUACCAACGGCCUAAGGUUACAUUCUGGCAAUGGAUUCACAUCUAAUACACGACCAAAGAUUACACUGACUGCCGAAAGUGGUGAAAUGCUUAUUAGAUUUGUUUCAGAUGCUUUGCAUAGUAGUACAGGAUGGCAAGCAACUUUCUCAGCUGAUUGUCCACCGUUACAACCAGGAGAAAGGGCAAUGGCUUCAAGCCGAGACACGGCCUUUGGUACGGUUGUUACUUUCUCAUGCCCACUUGGUCAAGAGUUUGCUACCGGAAAAUCCAAAAUUAUAACCGAAUGUUUACCGAGUGGAAACUGGUCGGUUACUUACAUACCUAAAUGCCAAGAAGUCUACUGCGGUCCAGUACCCCAGAUUAAUAAUGGAUUUUCCAUCGGAUCUUCCAAUGUCACAUACAGAGGUGUUGCUACUUACCAAUGUUACGCUGGAUUUGCUUUCCCAACUGGAAGACCAAUUGAAAAAAUUUCUUGCAUGGCUGAUGGGAUGUGGGAAAAGAAACCUUCGUGUUUAGCUUCUCAAUGCCCUCCACUUCCGGAAGCUCCAAAUGCAAACAUAACGAUAUUAAACGGUGGUGGUCGCAGUUAUGGCACUAUUGUAAGGUUUGAAUGCGAACCUGGUUAUGUAAGAAGUGGUCAUCCAGUAAUUCUUUGUAUGAGUAACGGAACUUGGUCCGAUGACGUUGCUGUUUGUUCGCGUGCUGAAUGUCCGAUUCUUCCAACAAUCAAAAAUGGAUUCGUUGUGGAUUCCUCGAAAGACUACUUUUUCGGUGACGAAGCUAGAGUUCAAUGUAACAGGGGCUACAAGUUGUCUGGCUCUAAUAUAAUUAGUUGUGGUCCAUUCCAGAGAUUCGAGAAUGUUCCUACAUGUGAAGACAUUAACGAGUGUGCAUCAAGCCAAUGUGAUCUUGCAUCAACUGAAUGCAUUAACACACCCGGGGCAUUUACGUGCAAAUGCAAAUCAGGCUUCUCAUCAACAAUGGAAUGCCGUCCAAUAGGGGAUCUUGGUCUGAUUAAUGGUGGCAUUCCUGACGAGUCGAUCACCGUAUCAAGUUCUGAGAAUGGAUAUACAAAAUCGGGUGUCCGGUUAAACAAUGGUGAUGGAUGGUGCGGUAACAGCGUGGAACCAGGUGCAAAUUGGAUCAUGAUAGAUAUGAAAGCACCCACCAUCAUUAGAGGCUUUAGGACUCAAGUAGUUGCUCGUACUGAUGGAAACAUUGCAUUCACAACAGCCGUUCGAAUUCAGUACACAGAUAAUUUGACCGAUGUUUUUAAAGAUUAUACCAACCCUGAUGGUACACCCGUAGAGUUCCGUAUACUUGAAGCAACACUAUCGGUACUGAACUUACCAGUACCCAUCGAGACCAGAUACAUCCGCUUCCGAGUUCAAGAUUAUGUAGGCGCACCUUGUAUGAAACUGGAAAUUAUGGGAUGCACGCGACUGGAGUGCACGGACAUUAAUGAAUGUGCUAUGAAUAAUGGUGGCUGCCACCAAAAAUGUAUCAACAAUCCAGGAGGUUUUACGUGCUCUUGCAAUACUGGGUACGAGUUGUACAAAGGCAACGGAACUGCUGGCUACUAUAUUGCUAAAUCUGAAAAUGGAGAGCGAGAUGGAGAUUUAUAUCAGCGAAAUAAGACUUGCGUUCCCGUUAUGUGCCCUACAUUAUCUGCACCUGAAAAUGGAAAAAUUCUUGCUACAAAAAGUCAAUACCAUUUUGGCGAUCUAAUAAGGUUCCAAUGUGACUUUGGAUAUGUUCUGUCUGGUUCAUCUGCUGUCCUUUGUACAUCUUCUGGUAUUUGGAAUGGCACGACACCUGAAUGUCAAUAUGCUAAAUGUGUUUCUCUACCGGAUGACAAGAAUGAGGGAUUAGCUGUACUUCGAAGCGAUGAAACUAGUGUAUUGGUUCCAUUCAAACAAAACGUUACUUUAAAAUGUAACAAUAAUGGCCGUUCUCUCCGAAACACAGCUACUUCUAGCUUCAGACAAUGUGUGUAUGAUCCUAAGCCCGGUUACCCGGAUUAUUGGCUCUCGGGAUCACAACCAGCUUGUCCACGAGCCGAUUGUGGCAAGCCAUUGCCAACUCCUGGUGCUGAAUACGGACAGUAUAUGGAUACAAAGUACCAAUCUUCAUUUUUCUUCGGUUGUCAAGAUACUUUCAAACUUGCUGGACAAACUAAUCGUCAUGACAACGUUGUCCGUUGUCAAGCUAAUGCAGUUUGGGACUUUGGUAAUCUACGGUGCGAAGGUCCUGUUUGCGAAGAUCCAGGCAGACCUGCAGAUGGUUAUCAAGUUGCAAGAAGCUAUGAGCAAGGAUCUGAAGUUCAAUUUGGAUGCGCCAGACCUGGUUAUAUAUUGAUUAAUCCAAGGCCUAUCGUAUGUCUUCGUGAACCCGAGUGUAAAGUUGUCAAGCCUCUAGGAUUAGCUUCUGGUAGAAUACCAGACUCUGCUAUUAACGCCACUUCUGAAAGACCAAAUUACGAAGCAAAAAAUGUCAGACUUAACUCUGUCACCGGCUGGUGUGGGAAACAAGAAGCUUUUACUUAUGUCAGUGUUGAUAUGGGAAGAGUUUAUCGAAUCAAAGCCAUCUUAGUAAAGGGCGUUGUCACGAAUGAUAUAGUCGGAAGACCAACGGAAAUUCGUUUCUUCUAUAAGCAAUCUGAAAGCGAGAACUACGUUGUAUAUUUCCCGAACUUCAAUUUAACGAUGCGUGAUCCUGGAAAUUAUGGAGAACUUGCCAUGAUCACUCUACCAAAGUACGUUCAAGCAAGAUUUGUGAUUCUCGGUAUUGUCAGUUACAUGGACAAUGCUUGUCUUAAAUUCGAGUUAAUGGGUUGUGACGAGCCUACUGUAGAACCUCUUCUUGGAUACGACUAUGGAUUCUCUCCAUGUGUUGACAAUGAACCACCAGUUUUUCAAAAUUGUCCGCAACAACCAAUAAUGGUUCAAAAGGGUCCUGAUGGCGGCUUACUUCCUGUAAACUUUACAGAACCAAUUGCUAUUGAUAAUAGUGGAAGUAUCGCUAGGCUUGAAGUAAAACCGCAAAGUUUUAAGACACCAAUCAAAUUAUUCGAAGACACGAUUGUUAAAUACAUUGCUUACGAUUAUGACGGAAACGUAGCCAUCUGUGAAAUUAAUAUCACUGUACCAGAUGUAACUCCACCUAAACUAAGCUGUCCUCAAAGUUACGUAAUUGAGCUAGUAGAUAAACAAGAUAGUUAUAAUGUAAACUUUAACGAAACUCGUCGUAGAAUUAAUACUACGGAUGCCUCUGGACCAGUUAGGGUAACAUUUAUUCCUGAACGUGCAAUUAUCCCUAUUGGAGGUUUCGAAAAUGUUACCGUUUUCGCCACCGAUUCUAGUGGAAACAGAGCAUAUUGUCAUUUCCAAGUAUCUGUUCAAGCUACACCUUGUGUAGACUGGGAACUAAAACCUCCUGCACAUGGAGCUCUCAAAUGCCUUCCAAAUGAUAAAGGACUUCAAUGUAUUGCUACGUGUAAAUCUGGAUACAGGUUUACAGACGGUGCUCCUGUAAAAACGUUUUCUUGUGAUGUACAAAAACACUGGAGUCCAGCCUCUGUAGUGCCUGACUGUGUUUCCGAAAAUACUCAACAAGCCGAUUAUCAUGUAAUUGCAUCAGUUACCUAUCGAGCUAAUGGUGCCGUAUCUCGACCAUGUUUGCCACAAUAUCAAGACUUGAUGUCACAAUAUUAUGCCAAUUUAAACACCAUUUUAACUCAACGUUGCUCAGCUGUUAACGUCAAUAUGAAUGUUUCAUUCGUACGCUCUAUACCUACACUUCUAGAAGAAAACGUUCUAAAGAUGGACUUUAUUUUAUCGAUCAUUCCUGCAGUUCGACAACCACAACUAUAUGAUUUGUGUGGUUCCACGUUGAAUCUAAUAUUUGAUCUCUCAGUACCUCAUGCAAGUGCCGUCAUCGAGCCUCUAUUGAAUGUUUCGGCAAUUGGUAAUCAAUGCCCACCUUUACGAGCUCUAAAAUCAACCAUUUCUCGAGGAUUUACUUGCAGUAUUGGAGAGGUUCUAAAUAUGGAUACCAAUGAUGUUCCACGUUGUCUACACUGUCCAGCGGGAACAUUUGCUGGUGAAAAACAAAAGAAAUGUACAGCAUGCCCUAAGGGCUUCUAUCAAAACAGCGAUCGUCAAGGAUCCUGCUUACGCUGUCCAUUUGGUACAUACACGAAAGAGGAAGGAUCGAAAAGCAUCGAUGACUGCAUACCAGUCUGUGGUUACGGAACCUAUUCACCAACCGGUCUUGUACCUUGUCUUGAAUGUCCACGAAACAGUUACAGCGGUGAACCACCCAUCGGUGGCUUUAAAGAUUGUCAGACCUGUCCAGCUGGUACUUUUACUUAUCAACCAGCAGCACCAGGCAAAGACAGGUGCCAAGCCAAGUGCCCUCCUGGAAUGUACUCCGAUACUGGAUUAGCACCUUGUGCUCAGUGUCCAAAAGAUUUCUUCCAGCCUCAACAUGGUGCCACAACUUGUAUCGAGUGCCCAACUAACAUGUAUACGGACAAACCUGGUGCUGUUGGUCGAGAAGAAUGUAAACCAGUGCAGUGCACCGAAAAUGUUUGUCAACACGGUGGGCUUUGCGUACCUAUGGGUCAUGGAGUACAAUGUUUCUGUCCAGCUGGUUUUUCGGGUAGACGUUGCGAAAUUGAUAUCGACGAAUGUGCCUCUCAACCUUGCUAUAACGGUGCAACAUGUAUCGAUUUACCACAAGGCUAUAGAUGCCAAUGCGCUACUGGAUACUCUGGUAUUAACUGUCAAGAAGAAAAGUCCGACUGUAGAAACGAUACAUGUCCUGAAAGAGCCAUGUGCAAGGACGAACCAGGAUUCAACAACUAUACUUGCCUGUGCAGAUCUGGUUAUACCGGAGUUGAUUGUGAUAUUACGAUUAAUCCUUGUACUACGAGUGGCAACCCAUGCAACAACGGAGCAACGUGCGUUGCCUUACAACAGGGUCGCUACAAAUGUGAGUGUCCACCUGGAUGGGAAGGGCAAAGUUGCGAAAUUAAUACAGAUGACUGUGCUGAACGACCUUGUCUUCUUGGUGCUAACUGUACCGACUUAAUAGAUGACUUUAAUUGUGAUUGUCCAUCUGGUUUUACUGGAAAACGCUGUCACGAAAAGAUCGAUCUUUGCUCUGGGAAUCCUUGCUUGAACGGCAUCUGCGUGGAUAAGCUCUUUAGUCAUGAAUGUAUUUGUCACCCCGGCUGGAGCGGCGUAGCCUGCGAAAUCAACAUUAACGAAUGUGCUGGAAAACCAUGCCGUAACAAUGGUCAAUGUAUCGAUGGAAUUGACGACUAUGUUUGCACUUGCGAGCCUGGGUACACAGGCAAACAAUGUCAACAUACAGUUGACGAUUGCUCCUCUAAUCCAUGCAAUAACGGUGGUACUUGCAUCGAUCAGCUGGAAGGCUUUGUGUGCAAAUGCCGACCUGGAUACGUUGGCCUACAGUGUGAAGCAGAAAUCGAUGAGUGUCUUAGCGAUCCUUGUAGUCCUGUAGGAACCGAACGUUGUGUUGAUUUAGACAACCAGUUCGUAUGUCACUGUCGAGAAGGAUUUACAGGGCUUACUUGUGAAUCAAACAUAGAUGACUGUGUAUCUAAUCCUUGCCUUAAUGGAGCGACGUGUAGAGAUGAAAUUGGUGGGUACAAAUGUAUGUGCAGAGAAGGAUGGACUGGAUCCAGAUGUGAAGUUGAUGUUGGAACCUGUCAGAACAAACCUUGUCAAAAUGAUGCAACUUGCGUAGAUUUAUUCCAAGACUUUUUCUGCGUCUGCCCAUCUGGAACUGACGGCAAACGAUGUGAAACUGCUCCAGAACGUUGCAUUGGUAAUCCGUGUAUGCAUAAAGGACGCUGUCAAGAUUUUGGAUCCGGUCUAAAUUGUACUUGUCCAGACGAUUAUACUGGAAUUGGUUGUCAGUACGAGUACGAUGCUUGUCAAGCUGGAGCUUGCAAAAAUGGAGCUACUUGCCUUGACAAUGGAGCUGGAUUUACUUGUGUUUGUCCUCAUGGAUAUACAGGAAAAACUUGCGAAGACGACAUAAUUGACUGCAAAGAAAAUUCUUGCCCACCAUCAGCUACCUGUAUUGAUUUAACUGGAAAAUUCUAUUGCCAAUGUCCAUUCAACCUGACUGGCGAUGACUGCAGGAAAUCUAUCCAAGUGGACUAUGAUCUUUACUUUAGUGAUCCAACUCGCAGCAGUGCAAUGCAAGUAAUUCCAUUCUUUACUGGAGCGAAGAAGAGUCUAACAAUCGCUAUGUGGGUUCAAUUCACUCAACAAGAUGAAGCUGGAAUAUUCUUUACCCUAUAUGCAGUAAGCUCUCCUCAUGUACCUGCUAAUCGCAGACCGAUGCUACAAGCCCACAGUAAUGGAGUUCAAGUAUCUUUGUUUCACGAUUUACAAGAUGUUUACUUGCCGUUUAGAGAAUACGCUACAAUUAAUGACGGGCAAUGGCAUCAUGUUGCUGUCGUUUGGAAUGGUGAAAAUGGUGGUGAAUUAACACUCAUUACGGAAGGCUUAAUAGCCAGUAAGACUGAAGGAUAUGGAAGCGGAAGAACCUUACCUUCUUACGCUUGGGCAGUAUUGGGCAAACCACGUAGUGAUGUUGGAAAAAGUUAUACAGAAUCUGGUUUCCAGGGACAUUUGACCAAAGUACAGGUAUGGGAGCGUGCUUUGCACGUGACGAAUGAAAUUCAGAAACAAGUGCGAGACUGUCGAACGGAACCCGUACUUUAUCAAGGCCUCGUUCUCACUUGGGCUGGUUACGACGAAACAAUUGGUGGUGUUGAACGUAUUGCUCCCUCACAUUGUGGUCAACGCAUCUGCCCACCUGGUUAUGGUGGUAGCAAGUGCCACCAGCUUGAAGCCGAUAAAAUUCCGCCCAAAAUCGAGCACUGCCCUGGUGAUUUGUGGGUCAUAGCAAGAAAUGGUUCAUCGAUUGUUACCUGGGAUGAACCUAAAUUUAGCGACAAUGUUGGGGUUGUAAGAAUUCAAGAAAAGAGUGGACAUCGGUCUGGUCAAACCUUACUGUGGGGAUCUUACGACAUUAGUUACGUGUCUUACGAUCAGGCUGGUAACUCAGCAACUUGCAGCUUCAAAGUUUAUGUUUUACAUGACUUCUGUCCUGAAUUGCCUGACCCUAUUGGUGGGACGCAGCAAUGCAAGGACUGGGGUUCUGGUGGCCAAUUCAAGGUUUGCGAAAUUUCUUGUAACCCAGGCCUUAGAUUCGCUCAAGAAGUUCCCGAAUUCUACACCUGCGGUGCCGAAGGCUUUUGGCUUCCAACCAAUGAUCCUAAUCUGCCACUUAUAUAUCCUGCUUGCACAAGUUCUUCUCCUGCACAACGAGUAUUCAAAAUCAAAAUGAAUUUCCCAACGUCUGUCCUCUGUAACGAAGCUGGUCAAGAAGUACUGAAACAAAAAGUCAGGCAUGCCGUAAAUUCUUUAAAUAGAGAUUGGAAUUUCUGUUCUGACUCGUAUGAAGGAACCCGAGAGUGCAGAGAUCUGAAUAUCAAUGUCCAGUGUGAUCACCGUACUCGAUCAGCUCGAGAAGUUACAGAAGAAGAAGCUGGAACCUACACGAUUGACGUGGACGUACUUACCGAAUCAACGAGACAAGCACGCCAAGGCAGUGAUACCUACGAGGUGGAAAUAUCCUUCCCAGCUAUAAACGAUCCAAUUUUGAACUUAAACUCGAACGAAAAAGCAACGGUCCAGACGUUACUCGAAAAAUUAAUCCUUGAGGAAGAUCAAUUCGAUGUCCAUGACAUUUUACCAAACACCAUUCCUGAUCCAGCUUCUCUAGUCUUGGAAUCGGAUUAUGCUUGUCCGGUCGGACAAGUUGUAAUGGCUCCUGAUUGUGUACCAUGUGCAAUUGGCAGCUUCUACGACACGACUACGAAAAAGUGCGGGUCGUGCCCCGUUGGCACCUACCAGAGCGAAUCAGGUCAGCUGAAAUGCAAUCAGUGCCCAAUCAUAGCGGGUCGGCCGUCCGUGACAAUAGGUCCAGGUGCACGUAGUGCGGCUGAUUGUAAGGAACGUUGUCCAGCUGGCAAGUAUUACGAUGACGCCGCUGGCCUAUGCCGUAACUGCGGUCACGGUUUUUAUCAGCCAGAAGAAGGUAGCUUUUCGUGCCUCAUCUGUGGUCUGGGCAAAACAACCAGAACCGCAGAGGCGGUAUCCCGCGAAGAAUGCCGUGACGAAUGUGGCUCCGGGCAACAGCUUGCUGUCGAAGGAAAGUGCGAGCCUUGCCCACGAGGCACCUAUAGAAUGCAGGGUGUUCAGGCUGCCUGCCAAGCAUGCCCCAUUGGAAGGACAACGCCGAACCUCGGUUCAGCCACGAUCGAAGAAUGCUCGCUGCCGGUUUGCGAGCCUGGUAGUUACCUCAACGUGACGUUCAAUGAAUGCAUCGAGUGCAAAAAGGGUACUUACCAGCCCGAAGCUCAGCAGACCUCCUGCAUACCAUGCCCACCAAACACCAGCACCAAGGGAGCUGCUUCCACCAGCAUUUCCGAGUGCACGAACCCAUGUGAAGUGAACGGGGAAGAGAUGCACUGUGACGCUAACGCCUACUGUCUACUGAUACCCGAAACAAGUGACUUUAAGUGCGAGUGCAAGCCUGGCUACAAUGGUACCGGUCACGAGUGCGUUGACGUCUGCCUUGGUUAUUGUGAUAAUGAGGGUACGUGCCUCAAGGACUCGAGAGGGCAACCUUCGUGUCGUUGCAGUGGUAGUUUUACCGGCAAACACUGCAAAGAAAAGUCAUCAUUUUUCUACGUCACCGGUAGUAUUGCUGGUGGAGUUAUCCUCAUCAUUAUUAUUGUCCUGUUCGUCUGGAUGAUUUGUGCAAGAGCAUCAAAACGAAAAGAGCCAAAGAAGAUGUUGACCCCAGCAACGGAUCAAAACGGCUCCCAAGUGAACUUUUAUUACGGUGCGCCAACUCCUUACGCCGAAUCGAUCGCUCCUUCACACCACAGCACGUAUGCGCACUAUUACGACGAUGAGGAAGAUGGAUGGGAAAUGCCCAACUUUUACAAUGAAACUUACAUGAAAGGCUUCCAAAAUCCCUCCCGUCUACGAGCGCCAAACGGCCAGCAACAUUUCCAUAGAGCACAGGGUUGA